AUGGGUAAGAACGAUCAAUACUAUGCAGUGGCACGGGGCCGUCAGGUUGGCAUCUACCGUACCUGGAACGAAUGCAAAACGCAGGUCGACGGAUUCCAAAGCGCGAGAUACAAGAAGUUUCCCUCUGAAGCCGAAGCACGCAAGUUUGUCGCCGACAAUAUCAAUGUAGCUGGUUCGAUGCCCAAGCCAGACGUCCCUACAGUUAAAGUUGGAGCUUCUUUAAACAAUAAGUCAACACCUUCAACGCCAGAUGGAACGAGAAAAAGAAAGGGAAACGAAUCAUGGAGAUCAUCACCAGCAAAACGGUCGAAACCCGAUCCGGAAGUCACAGACCCAGAGUUCAUAGAUGCUCCUGUCGUUUACACAGACGGAGCUUGCUCUAAGAAUGGAAAGGCGAAAGCACGUGCUGGAUGGGGAGUCUAUUGGGGCGAAGACAGUGAGGAUAAUGCAUUCGGUCCCGUCUACGGAACAGCGACUAACAAUCGAGGAGAGCUGAUUGCCGUUGAAAAAGCUCUGGAGAAGGCAAUCGAGAAGGGACUGACCAAACUCGUAGUGAAGACCGACUCGAAUCUUCUCGUCCAAUCGAUAAACAUCUGGAUUCAUGGCUGGAAGCGGAAGGGAUGGAAGACUGCGACAGGAUCAGAUGUUCUUAAUAAGGAUGUGCUUGUGAAAAUCGAUAAUUUGAGACAGAAGCUGAAGGUAAAGUUCAUGCAUGUUCGCGGUCAUGCUGGCGUCGAUGGAAACGAGAAGGCCGACAAAUUGGCUAGAAAAGGAGCGGCCAUGUAUACAAAAAUGGGUUAA